GUAGCAAUAAUCAUUGGUCCAGUGCCCCGACUGGUUACCCAUGACAGGAACAAGAUAAAUGGCGUCAUUGGAGUGUUCCUAAGCUUCUUCAACCACUUUACGGACUCCGACUGCUCACUUAAAAUUUCCCAUCACCAUGAACAGAAAAAGUGAAUCUGGGUAUGCUAAACACUCUUUUAUCAAUAAUUUUUAUUCAAGUUGGUGUUAGUGGAUUCCCUAGUGUAGUUUUUGAUUGGAAUAUGCGUGAGUGCGGUCGUUGAGGAAAUACUUGCAGGAAAAUCAUUGUAUUUUAUACUUGGCACACACUUAAAUCCCUCAAUUCUUUGGCUCAAGUAGUGGAAUAUUCAUAUUGGAUGGAUAGUGGAAGGAGGGACCGUGUACUUGCUUUUACUUUCUUUGUUUUCUGCUGGACCCCGCUCCAUUUUAGUGUUAGUGUUUCUUCUGCAAUAAAGAGGGCUCCUCUUUAAAUUCAAUGGUAAAAGGACACUUAUGAAAUUGGAAUGUCCAAGUGAAAUGAAUGUACAAGAGUAGAGGAAGCAAUUAAUAUAUCACUCCUGGGUUUUCUCUGCUGUGAAGCUCAGAAUGGUGAGUGGGAAUUGUCUCAAUGUUAGCUCAGCUCCUGCCAAGGAUUAUGCAGAUGAUGACAUUCAGAAGGUACGAUCUGCAAAUGAUUGGCUUCCUGUUACAUCAUCACGAAAUGGCAAAUGGUGGUACUCUGCAUUCCACAAUGUCACUGCUAUGGUUGGUGCUGGAGUACUCAGCUUACCCUAUACUAUGGUAUUCUUAGGAUGGGGUCCAGGUAUAUGUUUGCUUGUCCUUUCUUGGAUGAUUACCUUAUACACACUCUGGCAGCUGGUUGAUAUGCAUGAAUCGGUCCCAGGAAGGCGCUUUGAUAGGUAUCAUGAGUUAGCACAGUACACACUUGGAGAAACCCGUGGACUAUGGAUUCUUGUUCCCCUGAAUUUGACAGUUGAAGUGGGUGUGGACAUAGUUUACAUGGUUACUGGAGGACAAUCCUUGAAAAAGUUUCAUGAGACAGUAUGCCAUAGUUGUGGAAAAAUAAGACAGUCUUACUGGAUCCUGAUUUUUAGCUCUGUCCAUUUCUUCUUAGCACAAUUACCCAAUUUGAAUUCUGUGGCAGGUGUUUCCUUGGCUGCAGCAGUCAUGUCUCUCAGCUACUCUACCAUUGCUUGGGGAGCCUGUUUUUAUCAUGGCCAACUGGAAGAUGUAAGCUAUGGUUAUGUACACACAACACCAGCAAACACAGUUUUUCGUGUGUUGAAUUCCUUGGGAGUAAUUGCCUUUGCAUUUGCUGGACAUAAUGUAGCUCUGGAGAUCCAAGCUACUAUUCCUUCAACCCCAGAAAAACCAUCAAAAAUUCCUAUGUGGCGUGGUGUUCUAGUUGCAUAUUUUGUAACUGCACUCUGUUACUUCCCAGUAGCUAUAGUUGGUUAUUGGGCCUUUGGUCAGAUUGUUGAUGACAAUGUGCUAUUGACACUUAAGAAACCAGACUGGCUUAUUGCAGCUGCAAACAUGAUGGUGGUGGUACAUGUUAUUGGUAGUUAUCAGGUGUUUGCUAUGCCAGUGUAUGAUAUGAUUGAAACAGUGCUUGUGAAAAAUUUUAGCUUGGCCCCAGGAUUUUGGCUUCGUUUACUUUCUCGAUCUAGUUAUGUUGCUUUCACCUGUUUCAUUGCUGUUACAUUUCCUUUCUUUGGGGAUCUGCUUGGCUUUUUUGGAGGCCUUGCCUUUGCACCAACCACCUAUUUUUUGCCCUGUAUCAUGUGGCUUAUCAUCAACAAGCCCAAAAGGUUCAGCUUACCCUGGUUGGUCAAUUGGUUCUGUAUCAUUUUUGGGGUUGUACUGAUGCUAAUAUCAACAGUCGGAGGUUUAAGAAGCAUUAUAAUCGAUGCAUACACAUAUGAUUUCUACCAGUAAAAUAUGAUCGAAGUUACAUGCAAGAACACGGGGAUAUUAUCCUACUAAAUAUUGCUUCUCUAUUUUCGUUUCAAAAUCGGAUGGGUGAUAUCUUCUUCUAAAAUUGAAAAGGAAUUGAUGAGGAAAUUAUAUUGUACAGUAGAGUAAGAAUACCUCUUCUAUUAAAACAGUAUAAUUUUGAAUAGUUUUUAUGGAAAAUUUGUUAAAACAGUAUGAUGAUAUUCUCCUAGUUUGGAAGAAGAUAGGUUGAUAUCUCUAAAGCUUUAGAUGAAUUUUCUAGAAAUAUUGUGGGAUGAAAAACUGCUCUCAUCAGCGAUUAAGUUCCAUUUUGAAUUUUAUAGUUUCAGAGAAGACCCAGAAAAACUGGAUAAGUGUUAAUCUCUAUAUUUUUGAAAAAUUUUAUUUCUUAAUACUAAUAUUUCUGGCUCUUUAAAAAGAAUA